GCCUCCCAGCCUCGCUGUGGCCUGCGGCUCCUGGGCCGGUAGCGCCGUUCUUGAUCGCGUUGACUGGCUGUGUGUAACCGCGGGUCACGGGUGUUCGCCUCCCGUCACAGCUCAGCCCAGCGCCGCCGAGGCCGUCGGCCCCGAGCCUCCGCCAUGGACUUCGAGGACGAUUACACACACUCUGCUUGCAGAAAUACUUAUCAGAGCUUUAAUGGAAUGGAUCGUGAUUAUGGCCCCGGAUCUUAUGGAGGGAUGGAUCGUGACUAUGGCCAUGGAUCCUGUGGGGGUCAAAGAUCCAUGGACUCCUACCUAAACCAGUCAUAUGGCAUGGACAGUCACAGUGGUGGUGGUGGGGGUAGCAGGUUUGGACCUUAUGAGUCUUACGACUCCAGGUCUUCUCUGGGUGGGCGAGAUCUGUACAGAUCUGGCUAUGGUUUUAAUGAACCCGAACAAAGCCGCUUCGGAGGUAGUUAUGGUGGUCGAUUUGAGAGCUCCUACCGGAAUAGCCUUGACUCUUUCGGAGGUAGAAACCAGGGCGGGUCUAGCUGGGAAGCACCUUACUCCCGUUCAAAAUUGAGGCCUGGGUUUAUGGAGGACAGAGGAAGAGAGAAUUACUCUUCCUACAGCAGUUUUUCUUCACCCCAUAUGAAGCCUGCACCUGUAGGCUCUCGGGGGAGAGGAACGCCUGCUUAUCCUGAAAGUACGUUUGGAAGCAGAAACUAUGAUGCUUUUGGAGGACCAUCAACAGGCAGAGGCCGAGGCCGAGGACAUAUGAGUGAUUUUGGAAGCAUUCAUAGACCUGGAAUUGUUGUUGACUAUCAAAACAAACCCACCAAUGUGACAGUUACUGCUGCAAGAGGAAUAAAGAGAAAAAUGAUGCAACCAUUUAAUAAGCCUGGUGGAACCUUUAUCAAGAAACCCAAGCUAGCAAAACCUGUGGAGAAGAUGAGCCUCAGCAAAUCACCCACAAAAACAGAUCCUAAAAAUGAAGAGGAAGAAAAGCGACGAAUUGAGGCUCGGCGAGAGAAACAGAGGCGCAGAAGAGAAAAAAACAGUGAGAAAUAUGGAGAUGGAUACAGAAUGGCAUUCACAUGUUCAUUUUGUAAAUUUCGAACAUUUGAAGAAAAAGAUAUUGAACUGCAUCUGGAAAGUUCUUCACACCAGGAAACAUUAGAUCAUAUUCAAAAACAAACCAAAUUCGAUAAAGUAGUUAUGGAGUUUUUGCAUGAAUGUAUGGUAAAUAAAUUCAAGAAAACAUCUAUUCGUAAGCAACAGGCAAAUAAUCAAACAGAAGUAGUCAAAAUAAUUGAAAAAGAUGUUAUGGAAGGUGUUACUGCAGAUGAUCACAUGAUGAAAGUAGAGACUGUUCACUGCAGUGCUUGCAGUGUGUAUAUCCCUGCUUUACAUAGCUCAGUUCAGCAGCACUUAAAAUCUCCUGAUCAUAUCAAAGGGAAGCAGGCUUAUAAGGAACAAAUAAAAAGAGAGAGUGUCUUGACUGCUACAAGCAUUUUAAAUAAUCCAAUAGUGAAGGCGCGAUAUGAACGUUUUAUUAAGGGUGAGAAUCCCUUUGAAAUUCAAGAUCAUUCUCAAGAUCAGCAAACAGAAGGAGAUGAGGAGGAAGAGGAAAAGAUUGACGAACCUAUUGAAGAAGAGGAAGAGGAGGAAGAAGAAGAGGAAGUUGGGGAAGUAGAGGAAGUAGAAGAAGUGGAGGAAGUAGAGGAAGUGGGAGAAGGUGGAGGAGUAGAAGGAGUGGGGGACACAGAGGAAGGAGGGGAUGUAGAGGGAGAGGGGGAAGUAGGGGCAGUGGAGGAAGGAGAGGGAGAAGGAGAGGGAGUAGGGGAAGUAGAGGAAGAAGCAGCAAAGGAAGAGCCUGUCGGCUUCCCUGUUGACCAACCAGAAGAAAAUUAAAUAUAAGGUAUUAGUCAGUUUUAAAAGAAGCUUUAAAUUUCUGUCCCAAUGUGGAAAAGGAUAAGAAUAUCAGUAGUUUAAAAUAUGAGAGUUAACACCCAUGUUGCAUGCAUUCCACAGAUUACAAUUUGUUUUAUAUAAUUUCUAAAUGUUUGGCAUUUGUUUAAUAAAAUGAAGGUAAGACUAUUUUAGUUUAGUUUUUAUAGCUACCUAACCUAGAUUCAAUAAAUUGUUUGUAUAAUUUUUAAGCUUAAUUUUUAUUACUUUAUUGGUGUUGAGGAUAACAGAUGUGUAUUGUUAGUGUAUCUAUUCUAAUCAUUUGAACUUAAAUGCUGCUCUUGGGAGUAUAUAUUCAAGUGUGCAUUAAUGUUUUCAAUACUUACCCUAGAAGAGAUGAAUUGGGCAAGUAUUUUGUGCUCUGUGUAUUUUUUUACUGCAUUGGACAUUGAAUAUAGUAAUUUGCGUUAAGAUACGCUUAAAGCCUUUUUGUGACCAUGUUUCCCUUUGUAGCAAUAAAAUGUUUUUUACAAAAAUUCUCUCCCUGGAUUAGCAAUUUAAAAUGAAACAGAAUUCAUCAAUUAAAUGAGUAUAUAAAAUCAGGAUUUGCCUUAAUGUAUGAGUUCAGCUUAUAAGUGUUUUAAGAUAAUUGGAAGACUUGAAUUAAAAAAAUUUACUUCACUUUUUUUUAAGUAUGAUUAAAAUAUUUUAAAACAUGUUUCAAAUAGAAGUCAGUCUGUAACUGACCUUUUUAUAUUUGUUUUAAUUCAUUCCUUUUCUCUGUGCCUGUGUCAGAUCUUGAAAUCUUCUUGGAAAUACAUUUGAAUACAAAUAAUUUUUCAUAGUUAUGUUAGUUCUUUUGUCAUGCCUGUUUUUGGCUGAAGAACCAAGAAGCAAACUAUCACUUUUUAAAAAAGAAUUAUUUCUCUCUUGAAUCUGUCUCUCCUUUUUAUAGCUUAUAUACUUCAUACUUAAAAGAGAAAAUGAGAUUGAUAGAUUAUCUAUUUUCAAAUGACCAUCUGUGUCACUAAAAAAAAUAGUGCUCUUAUUUGAAUCUUUACUCUGGUCUCUUUUGAGAGGGGGGCUCUUCCAGUGAAAUUAUCUUCUCAAAAUUUUGAGGCAUUGAAUGGAUGAACAUAUGGGUAUAUUAAGUAAUUUUAAGGCAUUAAGGGGAUGAAUAUAUGGGUAUUUGUAGAAUUUCACAGAUAAUUUCUCUCUUUGCAUAUAACAAAGCUUUUAAAAAUAGAUUUUUGAGGUCAAUUUGGGUUUAUUGUUGUGGGCUAGAUUUGCUUAUCUUUAAGCUGGGAAAAUCCAAUAGACAUUUAUAUCCGCUUGUAGGGAUUUGGAGCCAAGUAAGAGAAGUUUAGUUGAAAACGGGAGAAAUUUGGAUCCUAUCUAGGAGUCUGUAUUUACUUAAAUAGGCUGCAGAGAGCCUUUGUGCUCAGGAGUUCAGAUUUUAAAGCUAAUAGGACUUGAUGGACCUUCCUGUUUCUCUUUUAUUGUAAAAUUUGGGGGAAGGGCUAAGGUAAAAGGAGAAUAGAUCCCUUUGAGAUUAGAAUUGCAGGCGGCCCUCUGUAUCCCCAGGUUCCGCAUCCCCAGAUUCAACCAACUGCAGAUCGAAAAUAUUCGGGGAAAAAAAAUUUCGGAAACUUCCUAAAAGCAAAACUUGAAUUUGCCAAGCACUGGCAACAAUUUACAUAGCAUUUAUAUUUUAUAUAGCACUCGCAUUGUAAUUAGGCAUUAUAAGUAAUCUAGAGAUGAUUUAAAGUGUAGGGAAGGAUGUGUGUAGGUUAUAUGCAAAUACUAUGUCCAUUUUAUAUAACGGACUUGAGCAUCUGUGGAUUUUGGUAUCUGUGUGGGUCAUAGAACCAGUCCCCUGUGGAUACUGAGGGAUGACUGUAUUGGGUUAUUAACUAGUAGAGUGCUUUAAAAAAAAAAAAGUGUCCCAAGUAAUUUGAUUGAUAUGUGAAACUUUUGGAAUUCUGUAUAACAAGAAUCUGUGUAACAGCUUCUAAGUAAAUGUUUUAGAAUGAGAGAUAAAGAAUAUCUAAGUAUUAAUUUUUGUCGGAAAUGUAAAAUCCUUUAUUCAGAUUAGCUUAUUUGCAGGGUAU